GAGAAAGUGAGAGGAUCUAGUGGCCUUUGAGCUGUGAUUUAGCUGUCUUUUUUUAUUUUGGAAAUUUCUUGUUUCUUACAAACUUAUAAAAAAUAUAAAAAAAAAUAAGCUCCUUUAUUCACACAACCCCAAAAUCCCCAAUCACAAAAAUAAAUUCAAACCUCUCUCUCCUCAAAUCUCAAAAUCCCCAUUUCCAUUAUCUCUUCUUCUCCACAAAUCUCCAUUUCUCCCAUCUCACAUUGCUCGAAAACACCAGUUCCAACCCCCUCAAAAAAAUUUAGAAAUAAAAAUUCCCAAAACCCCAUUUCACAUUUGCUUAAAGAUUCAAUCUUUGAGCAAAAAAAAAGAAGAAGCAUUCUUGAUUUUCAAAUGACUCAUAUGUGAGAUGAAGGAGAAAAAGCAAACACCCAUUUUGUCACUCAUCUUGUUACUCUCUUUCUUGUGUUCACUCUUUACUGCUCAACAAACAAAUGCUGAGUUUACAAUCUCUGAAUCUGGUCCUUUAACUGACUUCGAAGCUCAGUACAUCAAACACCGUCAAUUGUUGUACUACAGAGAUGAAUUUGGUGACAGAGGAGAAAAUGUAGAGAUAGAUCCAUCUUUAGUAUUUGAAAAUGAUAGGAUCAAGAAUGCUUACAUUGCUUUACAAGCAUGGAAACAAGCUAUCAUUUCAGAUCCCUUUAAUAUUACUGCCAAUUGGGUUGGUCCUAAUGUAUGUAGCUACACUGGUGUCUUCUGUGCACCUGCUUUGGAUAACCCAAAGAUACGUACAGUUGCUGGAAUUGACCUCAACCAUGGUGACAUUGCUGGGUAUUUGCCUGAAGAGCUUGGACUUGUGUCUGAUCUUGGAAUAUUUCACAUAAAUUCAAACCGUUUUUGUGGUACGAUACCUAAGAAGUUGAAGAACUUGAAGAUACUGUUCGAGUUAGAUCUGAGUAAUAAUCGGUUUGCUGGGAAGUUUCCUUAUGUUGUGUUGAGUUUGCCUAAGUUGAUUUUCUUGGAUAUUAGGUUCAAUGAGUUUGAAGGUAAUGUACCUUCUGAGCUGUUUGAUAAACCAUUGGAUGCUAUUUUUAUAAACCAUAAUCGGUUUGCAUUUGAGUUGCCUGAUAAUUUUGGGAAUUCGCCGGUUUCUGUUAUAGUAGUUGCAAGUAACAGAUUUCAUGGAUGUCUACCUGCGAGUAUUGGGAAUAUGAGUAAUUUAAAUGAGGCUAUUUUGAUGAAUAAUGGGUUGCGUUCUUGUUUGCCAACGGAGAUUGGGAUGCUGAAGAAUUUGACUGUGUUUGAUGUUAGUUUUAAUCAGUUGAUGGGUCCGUUGCCGGAGAGUUUUGGUGGACUGGUGAAUUUGGAGCAACUGAAUGUGGCACAUAAUAUGUUAUCUGGGAGAAUUCCAGAGAGUAUUUGUAAGCUUCCUAAGCUUGAGAAUUUUACGUAUUCCUAUAAUUUCUUUAGUGGUGAACCGAGUGUUUGUUUGGGAUUAUCGGAGUUUCAUGAUGAAAAGAAUUGUUUGGUGAAUAGGCCUUCACAAAGGAGUGCUGCUCAAUGCAAGGCCUUUUUGUCUAAAAGGAUACAUUGUAGUGCUUUUAAGUGUCGUAAGUUUGUUCCUGUUUUGCCUCCGCCUCCUGUCGUCGUGCCCAUUUCUCCCCCUCCAUCGCCCGUCUAUUCGCCUCCGCCACCACCAGUUUAUAAUCCUCCUUCACCUUCACCACCACCACCACCACUUCCUCCAUCGCCUCCUCCGCCCGUUUAUUCACCUCCUCCGCCUCCUCCGUCACCUCCACCUCCCGUUUAUUCACCUCCUCCGCCUCCUCCGUCACCUCCACCUCCCGUUUAUUCACCUCCACCUCCUCCUCCACCCCCACCACCUGUUUAUUCGCCACCACCUCCUCCACCCCCACCACCUGUUUAUUCGCCACCACCUCCUCCACCACCUGUUUACUCGCCACCACCACCACCAUCACCUCCUCCUCCAUCACCAUUACCUUAUUGUGUACGCUCACCACCACCUCCACCACCUGUAUACAUAUACUCAUCACCUCCACCACCAAAUUCACCUCCUCCACCAGUAUACUCCUCCCCUCCACCGCCUCCUUUGCCUCCACCUCCAUCCCCGGUACCUUGUAUAGAACCCCCACCCCCACCCCCUCCUUGCAUAGAGCCACCUCCAUCACCAUCUCCUCCACCACCACCCGUUUACCACUACAACUCCCCGCCCCCACCAUCACCCUCACCACCGCCACCAUCACCUGUGUACUACUACAAUUCUCCUCCCCCUCCCUCACCGCCACCAGCACCGGUCUACGAAGGUCCGUUACCACCAGUAAUAGGAGUUUCAUAUGCAUCACCACCACCACCACCCUUUUAUUAAUUCUUUCACAAAUAUUUCCACUAACUCAUCCUCAAGAAAACCACAAAAAAUUGUCCUACAAUUAUUAUUCCCUCAACUCUUUUCCCCCUCAAGCCCAUUAACUAAAUCGAGCUAGUACGUGAUCAUCGCGAAACGUAUCAAACAAAAUGGUGUGGCAGAACGAAAGAACGAGGAGAGUAAAGAGGAGAAAGAUUCAUUGGUUAUGAAUAGAUUGAAAGUUGUGGAGAUGAAUAAAUUGGCAAAGAAAAAGAUUGAAACUUUGCAAGAAAGUAUAUGUAUAGAGAUCAUAAUCUUGGUUCUUUCUAUUUUGUGAGUUUAUUGUUAUUAUUAUCUUUUAUUAGCAUUUUUAGUUGAUCAUACUUUGGUUUUCUUUGUAAUUUUUUUUUCUUUUUUUGGUUCUUCCAAAUUAUAGUAUAAUGAUGAGCAUUUUAUGUUUUACUUGUA